AUUCUGUCUGAGGACGGCCCCCCAAAUGAGCUAAAUGAGAGCGGAGAGACCAGUAGAUUGCUGGCAGGGUGAAGAAAGUGGGGUGGAAGGAGGUUGGACGUUCAGAGGGGAACAUUGGCGGGGCAACUCCUCAAACAGCAAAAUAAGGUCUUCCAGUGACCACUAUUAACUGCCAAUAUUUGAUCAUGAGGAGCUUUUUUCCAGCCGUGCUUGUUUUGCAUCUUCUCGGGAGCUGCUUUUGCCAAUUCCCUCGCCCCUGCGCCAACGCAGAGGGCCUACGGACCAAAGAGUGCUGCCCAGUGUGGGAGGGAGACGGCUCGGCGUGUGGUGCCCUGUCAGGCCGCGGUUUCUGCACAGAGGUGGUAGUGUCAGACGAACCCCACGGUCCGCAGUACCCUCACAGCGGGAUUGACGACAGGGAGCGCUGGCCUUUGGCCUUCUACAACCGAACCUGUCGCUGUGCCGGAAACUACGGUGGGUUUGACUGUGGGGAGUGCAGGUUUGGCUACUGGGGAGCAAAUUGUGCAGAGUACAGGGAAUCGGUGCGGCGAAACAUCCUGACGCUGUCUGCUGCUGACCAGCAAAAGUUCAUCUCCUACCUCAACCUGGCUAAGAACACCAUCAGCCCUGACUAUGUCAUCGCCACGGCAACCAGAGCAGAGAUGGGCGAAAACGGCGAGAAUCCUAUGUUUGCUGACAUCAACUCCUACGAUUUGUUCGUCUGGAUGCACUACUACGUGUCACGGGACGCCUUCCUGGGGGGGCCGGGGAACGUAUGGACGGACAUCGACUUCGCCCAUGAAUCCGCAGCCUUUCUGCCGUGGCAUCGAGUCUACCUGCUUCACUGGGAGAACGAGAUUAGGAAGUUAACAGGAGAUUUUAAUUUCACUAUCCCAUACUGGGACUGGAGAGAUGUCCAAACCUGUGAGGUGUGCACAGAUAGUUUGAUGGGAGGCCGCAGCCCCUUCAAUCCCAACCUCAUCAGCCCUGCGUCGGUCUUCUCAUCAUGGAAGGUGAUCUGCACUCAGCCUGAGGAAUAUAACAGACGUGAGGCAUUGUGCAACGCUACCGAGGAAGGUCCGCUUCUGCGUAACCCCGGCAACCACGAUACCAACCGAGUACAGAGACUCCCAACAUCGGCUGAUGUCGACUCCGCCGUGGGCCUCCGAGAGUACGAGACCGGAUCCAUGGACCGGUUCGCCAACAUGAGCUUCAGGAACGUUCUUGAGGGUUUCGCUAGUCCAGCCACAGGCAUGGCGGUUCAAGGUCAAAGCACCAUGCACAAUGCCUUGCAUGUCUUCAUGAAUGGCUCCAUGUCCUCUGUGCAAGGUUCCGCCAAUGACCCCAUAUUCCUCCUGCACCAUGCUUUCAUAGACAGCAUCUUUGAGCGCUGGCUCCGAACCCACCAGCCAUCACGGACCUUCUAUCCAUUUGCCAAUGCUCCCAUUGGCCAUAAUGAUGGCUACUACAUGGUUCCUUUCCUGCCGCUUUAUAGAAAUGGAGACAAUUUUCUGUCCACCAAGUCAAUGGGAUAUGAAUACGCCUAUCUGUUGGAUCCAGGCCAGCGGUUUGUUCAAGAAAUCUUGACACCUUACCUGCAGCAGGCCCAGGAGAUCUGGCAGUGGCUUCUGGGAGCCGGUAUCAUUGGGGCUUUCAUCACGGCAAUUAUUGCGGUUGCGGCUGUCCUAGCGAGAAGGAAGUGGAGAAGAAACCAGAGGAGGAAGAGGGCAUCUAUUUUUGGAGAGCGACAGCCGCUUCUUCAGAGCAGCUCAGAGGAUGGUUCUGCUUCCUACCAGACUACUCUGUAACAUACUGGCUGGCCGCACACACAUACCAGUUUAGGUAACAACAACAUGACAGGUUGCCCGGAUUCUUUAAUUACCGGGCAUAUUUGAUGACAAGGCAGUGCAUCCAAAUCACACAUUGCUUCUCAUAAAAAAAAAGUCUCGAUUUUUACUAUUUUGUGCACACCAAACCAAAGAUAUAGUCCAUGAAGUGAAAUGUCCGUUAAUGUCCUGUAUGUAGGACAAAAAAAAAAAUCGUACUCAUAAUCUUAAAUGCUGUAAUUUGGUGAUUUGGGUGCACCAACAGUCCUGAAAAUUGUAAACAGCAAGCUGACAUUCAGACAAGAAGAUAUCGAUCAUGUUUCAAACAUUUAGCAGGAUGAACUGAGGAUGUGUGUGCACAUAUGCAUCUGUCAAUAGACCUUCAUAAAAGCCUAUGUUGCAAUAAUAAUAAUACCUGUGACCCCCGUGGGGAAAACCGCUACAGAUAAUGGAUGGAAGGAUAAUAAUAAUAAUAAUAAGAUUCACACGAUUAAGUUCGAUGAAAGAGCUCACCUUGAAAGGUUUUUGCUGAUACUCAUAUUUAGGCUUUAAUCACAUAUUCAGGCUUUAAACAUGAUUAAAUGUAGCAUUGUAAUGUAUCAUUAUGAAUAUUAUGAUGAACCAAUCCAAAGUGAAGGUCAUAUUAAAAGAAAGUGCAGUAAUAUGCUCUAUACUCCUCCACUCAUCUCAGCAGAGUAUUCUGAUGAAAAUUAAAUUGGUGGAACAAAAAUAAAGCAGAUAAAUCCACGUGACCAAACUGAGAAAACAGACACAUUUUAGCUGACUGCAGGGGGCGGUGCUGCAUAAAAUCAGCCUCCUUGGAUAACUGAAACUGUGUGGAUUUGCCUCCUUAAUUCUUAUAGUACCCACCCAAUUUGAAUCAACAGCAAUGUUUGGAAUAGUGGGGGCCCCUACACACACAUAAUAAAAAAUAUUUGUACUAAAGGUAUUUUUAAAUGCCCAAUUGUACACAAGUGAAUACACUGACCGAAGCACUGGUGCUAAAGGAUCGUAAUGCACGUGAUCUUUCACAAGCUCAUAAAAUGUAUGUGAGUUGCUGCAUUAAAAUCAGAUCUGAUCCAAAUAUUCUCUGUUGUCCUUCUAUUUGAAAAUAAUUGAAACUCCGCACACAGCAAUUUAGAUUCUUCAGUUGACUUUGUAUAUUUUUAGAAUGUCAGAGGAAUUCAUGAAAACGCACGCAUGGAGAGAACAUCCAAACACCUGAGCUGAGAUUCGCCCCUCAAAAUUAAAAUACGAUAAAACAAAAUAAAUAAUGUAAAUGAAGACAAGAAGUACUGUAAUUAUAACUACCGGUUUGUGAUGUGCAUAAUUUUUUCGUACAAUUUAUAAAACUCCUUCUUUCAUUGUCAUAAGAAAUAUUUUCCCCACUUGUGCAUCUACAGUGGUGCCUUGAAAUAUGAAUUUGAGGGACAUCGCUUGUAACUGAAAACACUCGUAUGUCACAUCAUCUUUACCCAUUGAAAUGAAUGGUAAUGCCGUUAAUCCAGUCCAGCCUCCCAUGAUUUAAUGCUUCAAUUCAAAUUCAUGCUGCUGAUCCUUCUGACGUGAGAGUAGAGUCAUACAAACAAUGAACUUGGCUCAUAAUCACAUUGUCACUUUUCUAAGCGCUGCAACGAUAUUAAACUUUUUUUGCAGAGGA